CAGCGCAGCUCAAAACCCCAGUGCGCUGCAACAGGGAUCCGACUUCUGGACUCGGGCUGAUCUGCUGAAGGGAUGGCGUACGCUCACAGAUCCACCUCGCAAGCGAUCUCGUACGUCUAUAGGGGAACCUUCAUCCAUUCGACGCAGAAAGCGGCCGUGCAGAUCCUGGAAGACACUCUCCUGGGAGUGGACGCGGAGGGAAAGAUCGCAUUCAUCGGAAAAGGUGACGAGCUUGAAAAGCUGUCUAAGACGUUUGGAUUCAGUCUGUCUGAGGUGACUCAGCUGAAACAACAUGAGUUCUUCAUGCCAGGAAUGGUGGACACCCACAUCCAUGCAUCCCAGUACAGCUACGCAGGUACGGCCCUGGACAUGCCCCUGCUGCAGUGGCUCAAUACCUACACCUUCCCUGUAGAGUCCCGCUUCAAGGAUUUGGACUUUGCCAACCGGGUCUACACACAAGUAGUGAAAAGGACCCUGAGAAACGGAACAACCACUGCAUGUUACUUUGCUACCAUACACAGCGACGCCUCACUUCUGCUGGGUCAGAUUGCAAAUGAUUUUGGACAGCGUGCCUUGGUGGGUAAGGUGUGCAUGGACAGGAACGACGGUGUGAAACACUACAAAGAGACCAUCCAGGAGUCGCAGGAGGAAACCUGUCGGUUCAUUGCAGAGCUUUUAAACAAAAAGUACCCCCUUGUGAAGCCGAUAGUGACUCCUCGCUUUGCAAUAUCCUGCACAGGAGCCUUGCUCGGACAGCUGGGAGAAAUCGCUAAGAAUAACAACCUGCACAUUCAGAGUCAUAUCAGUGAAAACGUUGAGGAGGUGAAGUUCGUAAAGGAGCUGUUUCCUGAAUCAGAGUCGUACACGGAGGUCUAUCACAAACACAACCUGCUCACAGACAAAACAGUGAUGGCGCAUGGCUGCUACCUCACUGAUAAAGAGUUGGAUCGAUUCAGAGAGACGGGAGCCUCUCUGUCUCACUGCCCCAGUUCCAACAUUGCAUUGUGCAGUGGACUGUUAGAUGUCCGCAACGUCCUGAACCACAAAGUGAAGCUGGGGCUGGGAACAGACGUGGCGGGGGGCUACUCGGCCUCUAUGCUGGACGCUGUGAGGAGAGCUUUGGACACAUCCAAAGUCUUGACCGUCCAAGACCCAACGCACAAAACACUCACCUUUGAGGAGGUGUUCAGACUGGCCACACUAGGCGGGAGCCAAGCCUUGUCCUUGGAUGACCAAACAGGGAAUUUUGAGGUGGGCAAAGAUUUCGAUGCCCUGAGGGUGGACCUAGCUGCUCGUGAUGCCCCCAUCGACCUGAUCCAGUGUGAAGAGCCAAAGAUUCUGUUGGAAAAGUUCUUGAAUUUGGGUGACGACCGUAACAUAGUGGAGGUGUUCGUGGCCGGGAGGAUGGUGGUACCUUUCACAAAGCCAGUGGAGUAAAGCUUUUGGAUUCUCUGCACAUUUCCAUCUGUCUCGAAGCUAAAGACACAUCUGAAAGAUAUGAUAUACUGUAUGCAGCAAAGGCACGAUCAACUGGAAACGACAUAUGGAUGCAAACUGGUGUACUUUUUAUUUUAUCUGUAAAGACAAAUAAGUCAAAAAUUAUUAUUCAUGAUAAAUAUUUUAAUGUUAAAUCCAGAGGUUAGAAUAGGAGCGAUUUAUGAGAUAAAGUGAAGGUCAUACAAAUAGUGUUGGUCUGAAAUGUAGACUUAUCCUCAAGAAUUCAAAGUAGUGACUGGUCAGGACAGGGAAUAAGGGAUUUAUCAAGUGCACUUUUUAUGUUAGUUAUUAAAGAGAUAGUUAGUUAGUUGCUCAUUUUUGCAUAAUGAAAUAUAUUUUUAGGUUCUCUUUGUUUAUUUUAACACCAUUGUACACUAACACUUUUUACAUAGACACAUUAUAACCGACGAAGAUCAAACUACUGGGGAUUUAAGCCUGUGUAGAGUAUUAACAAAUACAUAUUUCACUGAUUCAUUGAUUGAAUAAAGUGAAGAAAGAUAUUAGUGUUGGACUAAUGUAGACUGCAAUGAUUACUUACUGUGGGUUCAUGGUCCCAUUUUCAUUCUAGUGUAGCUAGAAAAUGUGUUAUUAUAUUACUGGGAUUGCCUUGAUUUAAAUAGUUAGAGCUGAUUCUGUUUUUUUUCACUGCACACUCCAUUCAAAUGCAUCCACCGAGUGUUUAAAAGGACACAGUACUAGAUUGUGUUAUUUGCAGCGCCCGGUGUCCCUUUUCCGUUUGUUGGUCUGCUCCGUGCAUGAACUGAAACUAGAAUCGUAUCUAACAUUAAGCUGCAUUAACACAUUUCUGAUUUGGUCAAAAUCCACAUCCUGAGUUGACCUUAGGGAAAAGAGAAAUGAGCCUGGCGUCUUAUUGUGAGAGUCACUGACUAUACAUUUUUAUACUAACCUUAUAUUUACAUAUUAAUUCUAAUGGUUUGACCAUUGAGAUGAUUUGAAGGACCAUCUACAUGAAAUACUUAAUAUUUAGUAUUUAUAUUCCUCACUGUCUUAUAAUUGUAAGGAAAUCAAGGGAAAUGAAAUGCACACACUGCUGAGUAUGUUUUUGUCUUGAUAAAUGAGGAUGUAUUUAAGACAAGUUUCCUUUUUUUUUACUGAAAUAUUACUAAUUAUUUUAUUAUCACAAAAUAUAACUGAGACAGAUCAGCAAAUUGUUUAUGUUAAAGAUUCUCUUCAUGCAUCACAUCAUGGGGGAUUGGAAUAAAGAAUACCAACAAGUCUA